UAUGAAUCCGGCAUCAAGUUGGCGCGAUAUUGUGCUACCGUUCGAGUUUUGAGUGGGAAUAAUAAAAAGUUGAAGUAGGCGACGACCGAGGUGUAACGUGUAGUUGAAAGGAUGGAAACAAUCGUGUUGCUCAAGAGAUGGCUGUGAACGACAACACGCUGGGACAGAAUUCCAGUUUCUCUAUUAUAGUUCGCUCGAAGUCGCUUUUAGAAGAACUGAACCGCGAGACGAUCUUCAAUUGUUCCUCGGCGUAAUUACUUGGGAACUAAUUAACUAGUGUGCCGGCGAACGCGUGCGACUGGUUGACUGACGUGUGAUAAACAGUGACGAACAGAGAUAGAAGUGAUUUAAAUUCCGGUGGUGGAAAUAGGAAAUAUCCAAAAUUCUUUUUAGUGGUAAUGGAGAGUAAUUCAGUUUCACCAAUGCCUGAAUUAGCCCCCAUCGCAGAAUUUGACAAAACGCCGCCCACCCCUCCAGAAGACACAGUCCCGUUGGAUGAUCUACCUCCCCCGCCAAACACCGUAGUAAACGUACAGGAAGAAAAAGAAAAAGAAGCUGCAGCUGAAGCCAAAGAGAAGAAUUAUGUAACAGAAAAAUAUGUUGCUGCCUAUUUGAAUAGAGCUGCACAAAGUGUUUCCAAACAGACGUGUUCAAAAGAAAGGGGCUUUCUUUUUAAAAUUCACUGCUUUUUGUGCGGACAUGAAGUGCCCGCAGACUACAAUAAGAAACAGAUAAAACAUACUCCUGCAAAACGUAAUAUGGUCUAUCUUAAGAGAACAUUGUCCAUGAGAGAAAAAGUGAUGAAACUCGCGGAAGGUCGAAAUGACGAAUAUGGGCAAAGUGUAUUACGUCGUCUUCAGCAAGUUGACGAUUUAUGUGCAGCUGAUGCGCAGUAUCAUUUCCGCUGCAUGAGAGAUCUACACCAUGUGCCAAAAUCCCAAAAUCAAUUAUUUCUUAUCUAA